ACAAGAAAUUUGAAAAAUGAAAAUUUUAAUUUUUUUUUUUCAAAAUCUAAAUAUCCGAACCCGAUCCGAAAUAACCGAAACCGAACUAAAAAUACCCGAACCCGACCCGAAGUACAGAAAUACCCGAACGGGUUCUACACCUCUAUACCGAAAUACCCGAAAAUCCGAAAUACCCGAUCCGAACCCGAACGGGUAUCCGAACGCCCACCCCUAUUAUAUAGGAUCGUAAGUUAUAUAUGUUUCUGAUGAGAAGAAAGUAAAGAAUAUAUAUAUAGUUUCUUGAAACUAAACAACCUCCAUAACUAUAUAGUUAGUAAUUAAAGGACAUAUAUUCAUCGUAUUUUUAAUAAAUCAGACGAACAGAAGAAUGGUAUGUAUAUAUAUACAAUAUUUAUGAUUAUGCUAACAUACCCAUAUUUGGUUCACUGAAAUAUUUUAUCGCAAUGAACCUAACAGUAUAUAAAGCAAAGUACAUUUUACAUAAACUUCUCCAUCAUAGACCAUAGAAUAGACUAGAAACUUACUUUGUUUUUUCUCGAUGGCAGAGUAUUUUUUCCUUUCUCAGUUGCAGCCAUUGACACCUACACAUGCCAUACGUGUUAAGGUCGUCAGCAAAUGGAAUACCAUGAGAGGAGGAAUACCCCAGCAUUGUGUAAUGGUAUUAGGAGAUGAGAAAGUAAGCUAUCCUUUUCAAAUAUUAUUAGAUCUAAUAUAAAAAUAUAAUUAAAACUUAUUGUUUAUAAAUAUCUGCAGGGAUUUACAAUGGAAGCAACUUUGCCGGAUGAUGUUUAUCUUCCUAAAGGAAUCUAUCUUGAAGAAGGUGAUUGGUUUGAGAUAUAUAAUUUCAAAUUAAGGCCUUCUUUUGCGUUGAUAAGAACAACAAGGAGCAAAUACAAUAUUAAGUUCACAGACACAACAGUUCUUACAAAGAUUGAACCCAUCAUUGCUUCAAAUUUUCUUUGCCUUGCCAACUUCAGUUCUGUACUCAAAGGUCUAUUGCAUCCAAUGUAUUCUAUUGACCUUUGUGGAGCUAUAGUUGCUGUGGGGGAGUUGCAACAAAUUGGAGAUCUAGGACCUGGCGAGAUUUAUUCUUAUCAGACGACCAGGAUGGAGUUUUAUUUGGUUAACAUAGGCUUGAAGCACAUCAAGUGUGUUGCCUAUGGAAAGGAAGCCGUGACUUUGAACAAUUACUACCGUACCUCAACUGCUAAAGUCGAUCUGUGUGUUUUGAGGUCAUGGAGUAUCGUGUGGGGAGAAGGUGGCUUCAACUAUGUAACUAACCUAGAAGGUGGUUCUCAAAUCUUAUUUGAUCAUGACAUGGCAGAAAUUCAAAACUUCAAAUCAAAGAUUCCUACCACAGAAUUAUGAAUUCAGACAUGGAGAGUUGAUCAAACUUGAAUGCUUUUUUUCUUUUAAUUCAUACCCUAUUUACAUUUUAUAUCUAUGUUUUGUGUUUCAGAAUCUUGCUAUAGAACAAUUUAUUUUAAGUUUUAUAAUUAUGCAUCUUAAUAAAAUUAUUGAGCUUUUUAGUUAUAAUCGUUUAUAUAUUAUUUUUCGAUCAAAGUUUUCUAUUGUUUUAAAUAUAAUUAGACGAUACCUGGGAAAAGAGUUUUCGAGUUGAAACAUACUAGAGCAAAUGAAUAGAAUCUUGCUGGCAAUCUGGGCUCGAAGAUGCUUAUUGACGCCGACUCGCCGAUGGUCACACACAGUAGAUCAAAUGACUACGCUGCCGACCCGGAAAUCAUCACGCCCUCUGCGACUUCUCACCUUCCUUGCUUGGCAAUCUACAACCUACUGGAUCUGGAAUGAGAUAAACGCCCGAUUGCACUCGAACACCUUCUGAUCAAUUGAAACUCUCUUGCGCUUCAUUGAUCUCCAAAUCUGGAGCAAAACUCAAAGCUUCAGAGAAUCAAAUCCUCGACUCUCUUCCGCCAUGUUGCAGUCAUAGAUCUGUCUUUGUUGAAUGUUUCCAUCACUUCUUCGUUAUGAUCGCUGGUCAAUUUCUCCAUGUCUCGAAAAUUGCUUCUUUUUUUUAACACUAUGUCUCGAUAAUUCUAAAAGUCGUUCUUUUGCUUCUAUUCAAAUGGGUUGUGGGCUUGGGGGCGUGGGUUUGGGGGCCUAGAAAGUUCUUUAAUUGCAUAGCUACAAUAAAGCUGAAAGGCUUUAAACAUUUUAUAUCAUUUUGUUCUUAAUUCUAAAUCGAAUUUUCAAAAAAAAAAAAAGGAGGUUGCAAUCUAUUGGGCCAAUAAUUUGUUUUUUUUUUUAAUUGGUAUGCUCUAAUAAUUUCUUCUUCAUUUCAAGAGCCCAUCAUUUCUUAUUUCCGCAACUUCUGGUCCAUAUCGUUUAAUAGUGAUCAGUUUGCACGAGUUUAUAAUUAUUUUCAUCUUAACAAUGUACACUUUGUUUAUGAUUCAACGUUAUGAAAAAAUAUUAUAAUUAAACAUCAUAUAUUAAACAUGUUUUUUUUAACAUUAAGGUUUCACUAAUUUGCAUAGAAAGUAACAAACAUAGAUAAAAACAAUGUCUGAACAAUUUAUCACCAUAGCUCAAACUAUGCAAAUAUUAUAUGUUAUUCAUGUAUUCUUCACACUAUACACAUAAUUUUUAACUAAAUAGAAUUAUUUACCACACAUUCUCACCCCGCGCAAGGCGCGGGUCUCUACAUAGUAAACUAUUAUUAUAACCUCGACGAAUAAGACGAGAUGAUGUAAGAUUCGCCAUCAACGUUUGAACCUUUUAGCUUAGAAUGGCCGUGGCUCUUAUUUUGGUAUAUUUCAUCUUUGACCAUAUAUAUUUGGUCUUUCCAUUUUUUCUUUUUUUUUGAUCUUCAAAAAUGAUAUGAUUCUAAUCAAAUUAAGUUGAGUAUGUGGAGGAAUUUCUCAAUGUACAUCAACAUCACAAUCCUCCCUGAGCUGAAUCAGUUGUCACACCGGUAAGAGCCAUUGAAUUAAGCAUCUUAGCCGUAUCACAGUUUGGACUUUCAUAUCGUUUUCAAAAUGUGUUCAGUAAGUAACAUAACUGCAAAAUAAUUUUAGGGAAUAGGUUUUUCUUAACCUUCAAAACAAGUUCAGUAGUGCAAAUAAUUAAUGGUUAAAUAACUUUACGACAUGUUUUUUUCACCAACCUCAUAAUCCCUUAAAAUUGAAAUGUAUGUACUUACUUAUCUACCAGUUGCUAUUAAACUACAAGUGGUCAGAUUCUUAAUGAUUCAAAUAAGUCAAACGUUAAAUUAAGUGUGUGUCGGUUUAACUUUAAAGUUGUUUUUAAGACUUUCAGGUCAAAUCAUUUGAAAUGAGAUGAUACGACGACAAAGUUAAAUGGGAACGUAAAACCGUCAACACUAAGACCAUGAUUAUCCCUGUUUCUUAACUGGGUUUUUAAAGAAAAUAGCUCAUUUAAUUAAAUCUAAACUAAAUAUAAUGCAUCUUACCGAUCCUUAA